GCAAAGGCGGGCACAGACCCGCAGGUCUGAUUGACAGCAGCGCCACCCGAUCAAAUCGCAGCGUGGAAAACCGCCGACCAAUCAAAAACAGCGGAGGACGGGACUCACCUCGCUCAGCCAAUCACGCUCUGAACCGACCCCGGAAGCGACAGGCGGGACUUCCGCAAGCCCAACCAAUCAGGCGGCGGCGCGGGAAGGGAGCUACCAAUGAGAAGCGAGAAGAAGGGCGGGGCUUGUCCGCCAUGAACGGGGCGGGCGAGGGCGAUGGCGGCGGCUACAAACGGCGCUGCCGGGCUCUGAAACGGCGGCUGAAGCUGCUGCUCUACGAGCAGGAAUGUUUCCAGGAGGAGCUGAGGAGGGCCCAGCGCAAACUCCUGAAGGUCUCCAGGGACAAAAGUUUCCUCCUGGACCGGCUGCUGCAGUACGAGAACGUCGACGAUGAUUCCUCAGACUCGGAGGCGACGGCGUCGUCGGACAACAGCGACGUGGACACGCCCAAGGGGGCGGAGCCUCCGCCCGCCAAGAGGCGCCGCUCGCCCUCCCCUAUGGCGUCGCCACCCUACAGCCCCUUCCCGGCACCCUUCCCGCCCCUCCCCCCGCAGGGCGGGGCCCGGCCGCGCCCCUCCCCCGCCCGGCGCAGCAAAGGAACCCGGAGGGGACAGCCCCCGCCGGCGCUGGCCCCCCCCCCCGCCCCUCCCCCCGUGCCCCCCACGCUCCCCCGGCGCCUCCUGAGCGACCCCGGGGAGGGGGAGGGGGAGGGGAGCGACGACCCCCUGGACGGCGACGAUGAGCUGGUCAUCGACCUGCCCGAGUGACCACGAGUGACCCCUGAGUGACCC